AUGCACCCGUUCUUGUCAAGUCGCGCUCUGGGCCACGAUCGCGUGUCCACGAUGCAGUCUUCUUUCCACCUUUCCACCUCCCCUCCUCAACAAUACUGUCAGUGGAAUGACUUGAAAUAUCUCUCGAUGCUCGACCCACGCCAAUGCAAGAAACAAGACAGUCCUACACACGCCGACUACACUCUCAGCGAGACCAGUGAACAGUCUCAAAUGUUUCCUUCGACGGCUCAGUCGCCGACCGGGGUUCGCCGAACCGCUGUUUGGCAGAGGUGGCUGGUGGCCAGUGGUGACACGACAUGGCGUCUGACAACAACGUGGCCGAGGGCGAGCCCGGCGCCAUUUUGCGACAAAACAGCACAACGACGGUCCCCAGCUGUCUUCGAUCUCAGCAGUUGCGAUAUGCCUUGCGACGCGGAAAUGCCGGCACGAAACGAUACUGGCCCUGCUGCACUUGAACACAAACGAAACUUUGCACGUGUCAUGAGCUUCGGCAAGCUUGACCGACUCAUAGCCAACCUGCCCAGCCGACUUCACGAGAAACUCCGAUCGCUGAUCCGGAUCGAGAAGGGUGCCCGCGUCGGUGGGGCGUUGACCGGGUCACGCGAUGAACACCCAGAGCCCCGAGCACGGGCUCGACGCGGUGAAAACGAAUCUUGA